UCACUCGACGACCGACCGCCAAACGGAGGUGUCGCAGUGAGUCGUUCUCGAGCAGCAGGGUGGUUCGACAGUAAAGUGAGUGUAUGUGUGUAUGGGUGCGCGCGCGUUCAUGCUCAGCCGUGAGCGAUACAACCGUGUGGAUGAAUGCGUUAUAAUGUCCGCGUACAUAUCCAUUAAAAAUUUCGAGGAUCAUCAAAAUAUAUUUAAUCCAUUAACCGUUGUAAUAGUGACCGUCGAUUCGUGAGAUUCGUGAGUGUCUUGAUCUUUUCCACUGAUUCAAAGUUUCAUAUUAAAUAUCGCGUCUGCUAUUGCGAUUGUCAUCGUUUUGCCAAUUAUUUGAAUCAACAGUGAACAUUCGAAGACUUCAAAAAAAAUCAACAGUGUACGGUUAUUUCUAGCAAAAAACUACAGAGAGAAACGAGGAAAAAGUCAAUCGCCAGCACCGCCGCCGUCGUGACCCGACGUUGAAUUAAAAACAUAAGGAAAAUGUCGUCGGUAAAGGUGGCGGUGAGGGUACGACCCUUCAAUAAUCGAGAAAUCUCCCGCGAGGCACAAUGCAUCAUCGAAAUGUCCGGAAGCACUACUUCGAUAUUGAAUCCCAAAGCACCACCGGGCAGCAAAGAUUCGGUCAAGAGCUUCAAUUACGAUUAUUCCUAUUUUUCCAUGGAUCCAAAUGACGCAAAUUAUUCUUCACAACUUAUGGUCUAUAAGGAUAUCGGUGAAGAGAUGUUGGAACAUGCCUUCGAAGGUUACAAUGUCUGUAUAUUCGCAUACGGACAAACUGGCGCAGGUAAAUCGUAUACCAUGAUGGGCAAACAAGAAGAGGGUCAAGAGGGAAUAAUACCUCAAAUUUGCAAGGAUCUUUUUAGAAAAAUCAGUCGCAAUUCAAACGAGUGCCUGAAAUAUUCUGUAGAAGUCAGUUAUAUGGAAAUAUACUGCGAAAGGGUACGGGAUCUCUUGAAUCCUAAGAACAAAGGAAAUCUUCGAGUAAGAGAACACCCUUUACUUGGACCGUAUGUUGAGGACUUGUCGAAAUUGGCGGUGAUGUCUUAUCAAGAUAUUCAUGAUCUUAUCGAUGAAGGCAACAAAGCAAGAACGGUAGCAGCUACAAAUAUGAAUGAAACGUCUAGCAGAUCUCACGCUGUAUUUACGAUAUUCUUUACACAACAAAAACAAGACUCUGCGACUGGAUUAGUGACAGAAAAAGUUAGCAAAAUUUCACUCGUCGAUUUAGCAGGUUCUGAAAGGGCUGAUUCCACUGGUGCAAAAGGUACAAGAUUAAAAGAAGGUGCCAAUAUUAAUAAAAGCUUAACAACCCUUGGAAAAGUCAUCAGUGCUCUAGCUGAAAUUGCGGCGACUAAAAAGAAAAAGAAGGCUGAUUUUAUCCCUUAUAGAGAUUCUGUUCUAACAUGGCUAUUGAGAGAGAAUCUAGGAGGUAAUUCUAAAACAGCGAUGAUUGCGGCAGUGAGUCCAGCAGACAUCAAUUACGAUGAAACUCUUUCUACUUUACGAUACGCAGACAGAGCGAAACAAAUAGUUUGCAAGGCUGUCGUUAAUGAAGAUGCAAACGCGAAACUUAUCAGGGAACUUAAAGAAGAGAUUCAGAAGCUACGAGAAUUGCUGAAACAAGAGGGUAUUGAUGUACAAGAAGGGCCAGAUGGUAAAGUCACAUAUGAAAAGAAAGAAUCUAGAGACGAAAUUGUCCGAGUAGUCAAACGUGAGGACGAUGUGAAGGAAACUCGACCUAGAAUCCCGUCACAUACUACAUCGACUAUCGCUGAAGAAGCAGUAGAUCAGUUGCAAGCUUCGGAAAAACUUAUAGCUGAAUUGAAUGAAACAUGGGAAGAGAAAUUGAAACGAACUGAGCUAAUUCGUUUGCAACGUGAGGCGGUGUUCGCUGAAAUGGGAGUUGCUGUGAAAGAGGACGGUGUUACUGUUGGUGUGUUCUCUCCAAAAAAGACUCCUCACUUGGUGAAUCUGAACGAGGAUCCUAUGAUGUCUGAAUGUUUGAUUUAUUACAUCAAGGAUGGCUUCACGCGUAUCGGUAGUGCCGAAGCUAACAUACCACAAGAUAUUCAGCUAUGUGGACCUCAUAUAUUAAGUGAACACUGUGUUUUCGAGAAUCACGAGGGUAUUAUUACCCUAAUGCCCAAAAAAGGAGCUUUAAUUUAUGUAAAUGGACGCGAAGUCACUGAGCCAGUUAUUUUGAAAACCGGAUCUCGUGUCAUUUUAGGGAAGAAUCAUGUAUUCAGAUUCAAUCAUCCUGAUCAAGUUCGCGAACGAAGAGAAAAAGGAUCUCCCGUUGAAACUCCUGGAAAUGGAGAGACAGUUGACUGGAAUUUUGCACAGAUCGAAUUGUUAGAAAAGCAAGGAAUCGAUUUAAAGGCUGAAAUGGAGAAAAGACUAUUAGUUCUGGAAGAACAAUUCCGUAAAGAGAAGGAAGAAGCAGAUCAAUUGUUCGAAGAACAAAGAAAAAGUUACGAAGCUCGAAUAGAUGCACUGCAAAGACAAGUGGAGGAACAAAGCAUGACAAUGUCCAUGUACAGCAGUUAUACACCUGAAGACUUCAAUAACAUUGAAGAAGAUAUUUUCGUCAACCCCUUGUUUGACGCAGAGAGCAACUGGACCGAGAGAGAAUUCCAGCUGGCCGCUUGGGCCUUUCGCAAAUGGAAAUAUCACCAAUUCACAAGUCUUCGAGAUGAUCUCUGGGGCAACGCUAUAUUCCUCAAAGAAGCUAACGCUAUUUCUGUCGAACUCAAAAAGAAGGUACAAUUCCAGUUUACUUUACUCACGGAUACGCUUUACUCACCACUUCCACCGGAUCUUUUGCCCGUUGUGGAUGAUGUUUUGGAAGAAGAGGAAAGACCAUUCCCACGUACUAUAGUUGCUGUAGAGGUUCAAGAUACAAAGAAUGGCGCAACACAUUAUUGGACACUCGAUAAACUUAGACAGCGCUUGGAGUUGAUGCGACACGUGUACAACGAGGACUCGAGCUCCAGCACUCCGGAGGCCAAAGAGGAUAUUUUCCAAUGUCUAACGGCCUACUCUAAUCCGAAGUUCUCACUCGCAAAUCUUUUGCCUUCGAGACAAAAACUGGAGUUGAUGCGUGAAAUGUACCACAAUGAAGCAGAAUUAUCUCCAACAUCUCCAGAUUUCAAUAUUGAAUCCAUAACCGGAGGUGAUCCAUUCUACGAUCGUUUUCCUUGGUUCCGAAUGGUUGGCAGGUCCUUUAUAUAUCUAAGCAAUCUUAUGUAUCCUGUACCACUAAUUCACAAAGUUGCAAUAGUAAACGAAAAAGGAGAUGUAAAAGGCUACUUGCGUGUGACUGUGCAAGCUGUUGUCGAGGAAAACAAUGAAUAUUCAAGUGGCGUCAGACAAUCAGCUAGAAUUUCCUUCGAAGAUGACCUAUUUGGCAAUAAUCAAAAGCAGAAUAAACGCAACAUUCUAUUGACUCAGACUCUUGAGAAGAAUCGACAGAUCUUGUUGCAUGAAGAACGUGUUGUAGAAGGUCAUAACGAGCAAAAGGAAAUUAAAGACGAGGAUGAUAUUGGUGAUGCAGACAGCGGUAGAGGCGACAGUUCAGUUUCUAGCGAUAUGAAGGAAGAAGAUUUACCAGAUCACUUGCAACUCGGUUCCGAAUUCACAUUCAGAGUUACUGUGUUGCAAGCAAUGGGUAUUUCUACCGAAUAUGCUGACAUUUUUUGCCAAUUUAAUUUCUUGCAUCGACAUGAUGAAGCAUUCUCAACGGAACCGGUUAAAAAUACAGGAAAGGGUAAUUCUCCUGGAUUUUAUCAUGUACAAAAUAUUACGGUUACGGUAACAAAGUCAUUUUUGGAAUAUCUAAAAACUCAGCCGAUUGUCUUCGAAGUUUUUGGACAUUAUCAACAACAUCCUUUGCAUAAAGAUGCCAAACUUGAAUAUGUGAGACAACCACCCAAGAGAAUGCUUCCACCAUCCAUACCAAUCAGCCAACCUGUACGUUCACCGAAAUUUGGUAGCGUUUUACCAUCUCCCAGUACAUCACACGUACAUGCGAAAUACGAUGUAUUAGUUUGGUUCGAGAUUUGCGAAUUAGCGCCAAAUGGUGAAUAUGUACCCUCCGUGGUCGAUCAUAGUGAUGAUCUACCAUGCCGUGGAUUAUUUUUGCUGCAUCAGGGAAUUCAACGUCGUAUUCGAAUUACUAUUGUUCACGAACCAGCAUCUGAAUUACGAUGGAAAGAUGUUAGAGAAUUGGUUGUAGGACGUAUUAGAAACACACCAGAACCAGAAGAAGAAGACAAUGAUUCGUCGGUGCUCUCAUUAGGUCUAUUUCCUGGUGAAUAUUUAGAAGUACCCGGUGAUGAUAGAUGCAUGUUCAGAUUUGAAGCAGCAUGGGAUAGUUCUCUUCAUAAUUCAGCUUUGCUGAAUAGAGUCACAGCAUAUGGAGAACAAAUCUUUAUGACCAUUUCUGCAUAUCUCGAAUUGGAAAAUUGUGGAAGGCCGGCGAUCAUCACAAAAGACUUAAGCAUGAUUAUUUAUGGCAGAGACGCUAGAGUAGGACCACGUUCUCUGAAGCAUCUGUUCAGCGGAAGUUAUCGCAAUCAGGAAGCGAAUAGGCUCAGUGGUGUUUACGAGUUGGUCCUACGUCGUUCUUCGGAAGCAGGUAGCCCAGGUGUUCAGAGACGACAACGUCGUGUAUUAGAUACUAGUUCUACAUAUGUUAGAGGAGAAGAGAAUCUUCAUGGAUGGAGACCUCGGGGAGAUAGUUUAAUAUUCGAUCAUCAAUGGGAAUUAGAAAAAUUGACGAGAUUAGAAGAAGUGGGGAAAGUAAGACACACAUUACUAUUACGAGAAAAACUUGGUAUUGACAAAGUAUCAUUCUGCAAUAAAAUAUCACAUGAUUUCACCAAAAGUGAAAAGGAUGUUUGUAACAUGAUGGCGAAAGCAACAAACGAAACGCAUGCUAGUCCGGUGAAAUUGAAGCGUUCAACAAGUAAAGACAUUUAUGAACCUUGGGAAAUGUCCGAGAGAGAAAAAGAAUUAGCUUUGAAAUGUAUCAAACUUAUUCAAGGUCGAAUUCCUAGCAAAGAACCCAUUUUAUUAUCCGAUGUUUCACCUGGAGAAGAUAUGGCUGAUAUGUCGACAUCCAUGAUGUCUUCGGUGAUAUCAUCUUCGUCUCAAGAGUCAGUAUACGAGAGAGCUAGUGAUUACUUAGAGCAGGCCGCUGGUAUAAUAGUAUGGAGCAAGUCUAAGUCGUGCAUCCUUAGGUUAAGUUCACCGGAAAGAGCUAGACUGCAGGAACUGCAGGAAAGUAUAUUAGCCAGUGAAUCUGCUAGCCAAUCAUGUACUAUUGCGCCGGCUCCGUUGGGUUCAUCUUCUCCAUCAAAGGAGAAUUUAGUUCUCUACGUUCCAGAAGUCGAAGAAAUACGUAUCAGUCCAGUUAUUGCUAGGAAAGGAUAUUUGAAUGUUCUCGAACACAAGACUAAUGGUUGGAAGAAACGCUGGGUGGCUGUGCGACGACCAUAUGUUUUAAUCUUUCGAGAAGAAAAGGAUCCAGUGGAGAGAGCUCUUAUUAAUUUAGCUACUGCUCAAGUUGAAUAUUCUGAAGAUCAAUUAGCUAUGGUAAAAGUACCAAAUACUUUCAGUGUAGUUACAAAACAUCGAGGAUAUUUAUUACAAACGUUAGGAGACAAAGAGGUUUAUGACUGGCUGUAUGCUAUUAAUCCUCUUCUUGCUGGUCAAAUCAGGUCAAAACUAGCGCGCAAAGGUCCGGCAGCUACAAAUUUGAAUAAUGCUUCACCUGUUGGUCUAAUUCCGCCAAUAGAUCAACAAUCGAACCAAAAUAAGUGAGUGGGCGACACGUUGGCCGAGGUAACGAGCGUCAUUGCGAAAGCUUCUGAAAAGAUGCUCUGCUGGUCACACUCGGCCUUCGAGUCCCAUGAUCUCUGUAGCUUUCGAUUUUCGGUAGUCUUCGAUUAUUAAAUCGUUUCGAAAAUGCGUAUUAACGAUUGACUACCAGCUUCGAUAGCCGCCGAUUAAUAUCUCAUGACAUCUAAUUUAACUUUACUCGUCAGUCCUUUUACUCCUGACGAUCGAAUAGAAAAAUGAAAAUAAAAAAGAUCCUUGAAUAUAUAAAGGCAUGUUCGUCUUUUGAUAAAAAAAAAAACAAAGAAAAAAAAACGAUUAUACGUGUUCGAACUAUAUUGAAAUUAUUACUUUCGGAAUCGCAAACUCUUUUUCCAUAGUCUCUCCGUUCAUUUUGAAUUACUUAGAAAUGUAUAUAACGUUGAUGAGACUCUACGAGCUUGCGAUAUUUAUCUUACAAUAUUCGAAUUUCUCGAUAUUAGUCGGUCAUAGCGAUUCUCUUUUAAGUGUGGAACGCAUACAAUGAAGAGUAACAUAUUUAUGCCUAAAUAAAAAAUUCCUAAGACGAUCAUAGAAAAUGAGGCAACAGAUACACAUUGUAGGUAUAUUCAUUAAAGAGAAGAUGUGGCGCGAGAGGAAGCAAGAAAGAGAGGGAGAGAACGAGAAGAAAAAGAAGAGCGAUAUAACAAGAAUUUCUGCGUGUUCAUGACUGAGAAAAAGAAAUGAAGAAAGAAAAAGAAGGAAAA